AUGGAUCACGACUUAUUCGGCGGGGCCCCACGGUUCCUCACACGGCCGAAGGCCUUCUCUGUGUGUGUAGGGAGGGAUGCCACUCUGAGCUGCACCAUUGUGGGCAACCCUGUGCCAGUAGUGACCUGGGAGAAGGACAAGCUGAUGAUCUGCUCAGGGGGGCGGUUCAAGGCAGUGGUGGAUGGUAAUGUGUACCGAUUGACCGUCUAUGACCUGACACUGAAUGACAGUGGGCAGUAUAUUUGCAGGGCCAACAAUAACGUGGGUGAGGCAUAUGCAGCUGUCACACUCCACGUUGGUCUACCUGAAAACCAAGUGGAGCGUCCUCCUUCUUUUACUUUGAAGCCUGUCUCAGGAAGGGUCAGCUUGGGGGAGGAUGUUGCCUUUCAGUGCCGGGUCUCGGCUUAUCCAGUGCCCACAUUCAGCUGGGAGAAGGAUGGGAGAUACGUAGGAGAGUCGAACCGGUUAAAGAUUGUGUUGGACGGGGAAUCGAGUUCCUUGAAGAUCCAGUGUGUGAGGUUCAUCGACGGAGGAACCUACACCUGCCGGGCUCAGAACUCCCUGGGCAGGGCCAGCGCAUCUGCCACCCUGGUUGUAGACCACCAGGAUGCCCACAGCCUGGCUAAUGCGGCUUCAGAAAAGGCCACCUCCCUUCUGUCGCACCUGCAGAAGCGUCGGGAGGAGAUGCGCAAGACCGAAAUCGACCUUUACCAGUCCAACGACAACAGCACUGUUGCCACUUAUUCCUCCUCUUCCAGUAACAGGACCCCAGAGGGGUUGAGCACUCUGGGAUUGAGUCUGUCACAAGACUACAAGCAUGGUGCCUCCUUGGCAGGGAAACUACCCAAGGGUGUUUUUACCCGCACCUGCACAGUGACAGAAGGGAAGCAUGCCAAGCUCAGUUGCUAUGUCACAGGCCGGCCCAAGCCGCAGAUCAUGUGGAAGAAAGAUGGGGUGGCCGUCAACGAGGGUCGCAGGCAGGUUAUGUACGAGGAUGAAGAGGAGAACUUCAUCCUCAAGAUCCUAUAUUGCAAGCAGAAUGACAAUGGCCUCUACACCUGUACCGCCUCCAACCUGGCUGGGCAGACCUACAGUGCGGUCCUGGUCAUCGUCAAAGAGCCCAAGGUCCCAUUCAAGACGAAGCUCCGGGAUGUGGAGGUGCUGGAGAAGGAGACGGCCACCCUGCAGUGCGAGGUGCCCAUCUCCACCACCGAGGCCAGCUGGUUCAUGGAGGAGACCAAGCUGAGCCAGAGCUCCAAGUACCUCAUGGAGGAGGAAGGCACUCUGCGGCGCCUCACCAUCCACAAUCUCACCACCGACGACGACGCUGUUUACAUCUGUGAGAUGAAGGAGGGCAGCCGGACUGUGGCCGAGCUCGCUGUCAUAGGCAACAUCAUCAAGAAACUUCCCCGGAAGACAGCCCUGCCUGUGAGUGACACUGCCAUGUUCUGUGUGGAGUUACAGUCCAGCUGUACAAACUGCUACUGGACCAGGAACAGUGUGGAGCUGAGAGCUGACAGCAGGAUCACCAUUGUAUCCUCGGGCAAGCAGCACACCCUGACCAUCCGCGAGUGCUGCGCGGAGGACUCUGGGGAGAUUGCAUUCGUGGCCGGUGACUGCAAGACCUCCACUCGCUUCUCUGUGACUGCCCCCAGGAAGUACCCUCCAGAUCCCCCAGUCAACCCUGUGGUGAAGGACAAGACCGAGAUUUCCAUUACCCUGUGCUGGUCUCCUCCUGAGAUGGACAGACCCGUCCCCAUCUCAGGGUACCUGGUAGAGAGAAGGAAGGUGGGGAGCCAAACCUGGAUGAGGUGCCACAGCUCAGACAACAUACCCGUCCCAGAAUUCACAGUCAGCAACUUGACUGAGGAGGGUAGCUACCACUUCAGAGUUACUGCCGUGAACAGCUUCGGUCAGAGCUCAACACUGGAGUUCCCAGGGACCUUCUAUCUGGAACCCAAGGCAACAGUGAAAGCUCCACUGCUGGAUGUGACAGCGUUGGCUGAAGGAGAAGCCACCUUCACUAUUGAACUGUCUGUGGCCUGCUCCGGGGUGUGGCUCCUGAACGGGAAGAUUCUUAGGAGUGGCCAGGACUACCUCAUCUGCAGGACAAAGAACACCCACACCCUGGUCAUCAGGAGGGUCUCUGAGACUGACGACGGCGCUGAACUCAAAUUCAUGGCCGGCAGCACUGAGAGCGUCUGUAGGCUCAGCGUGAAGGCUUCGGCAGCCAGAAUUACCAACAAGUCCGCAGAAAAGGAGGCUGUGACUGUGGGUCUGCACGGGUCAGCACAGCUGCUGGCCGAGGUCUCGGAUUCAGCCGCUAAAGUGAUGUGGAUGAAAGACGGGAAGGAGCUGAAGAUAGGAAAGAAAUAUGAAAGUGUAAUCGUAGAGCUGAAGCGCAUCCUAAAGGUUCACAAUGUGACGGAGGAGGACGUGGGCUUCUAUGAGUGUGUCUGUGAUGGGGACAAAAUGGCACUGCAGCUUAAAGCUGAGGCCCCCAAGAUCACCAUCAAGGACAAAUCUAGUGAUGCUGUCAAGGUGGUGUCCGGGGAGCAGGCAGAGUUUGUGGCAGAGAUCUUAGAGAGCAAUGCAAAAGUGCAGUGGUUCAGAGAGGGCAAGGAGAUCCGACAGACAAAAAAAUUCAUCAUGGAAAACAAAGGCGGGCAGCACAAACUGAUCGUCACCAAUGCCAAGAAAGAGGAUGAAGGAACGUACACGUGCAAGGCAGGAGGAGACACAGUGACCUUCACACUAACAAUGACAGAAGAAGCAGCCAAAUUCGUGGAUGAACAGAGGAGCCCUGUGGAGGUGUCAGCCUCCCCGUCGGAGAUCCUGGAGCUGAGCUGCGAAGUGUCCUCCCCAGGUGGUGUGGUGAUGUGGAGAAAGGAACAGACUGAGGUGAAACAGGACCAGACAACGACCCUCACCUCACAGGGAAUGCAGCAUAAACUUGUCAUUAAGAAUGCCAGGCAGAGCGACCAAGGGCAGUACACCUGUGGAACUGCCGAAGACAAAGUUGCAUUCCACGUCAAAGUGAAAGAACCCGAGCCUGUGUUUACCAGCAGUGCUCCUGUUCAGAAGGAGGUGAAGGCCAGCCCUUCAGAAAAGGCCACCCUGACCUGUGAGGUGUCCCAGGCAGAGACUGAGGUGAAGUGGUACAAGGAUGGCAAACUGCUGAGCUCCAGCAAGAAGACAAAAGUGGAGUCAGAUGGAAAGACUCGCCGGCUAGUGGUGGAGAGCGUGGAGAAGAAAGAUGCUGGGGAGUAUACCUGCGAGGCUGGAGGAGAGAAGAUGACCUUUAAAAUCCAAGUUGCAGAACCCGAGCCAAUGUUUGCCACCAAAGUGCCUGUUCAGAAGGAGGUGAAGGUUAGCUCUUCAGAAAAGGCCACCCUGAGCUGUGAGGUGUCCCAGACCCAGACUGAGGUGAAGUGGUACAAGGACGACAAACUGCUGAGCUCCAGCAAGAAGACAAAAGUGGAAUCAGAUGGGAAGACUCGUCGGCUUGUGGUUGAGAUGGUGGAGAAGAAGGAUGCUGGGCAGUAUACCUGUGAGGCUGCUGGGGAAAAGUUGGCUUUCCACAUUGAAGUGACAGAACCAGUGGCCAAGUUCCAGAAGAAACCCCCUCAGAAGCCCAUCACGGUUCAGGAGAGUGAGACUGUCACCCUGGCGACGGAGGUGACUGUUGACAGUGCAGCAGUGAGGUGGUUCAAGGACAGUGUGGAGUUAAAGGAGGGGAAGAAGUACGAAAUAAAGAAGCAGGGACUGGCACGGCUGCUGGUGGUGAAAUCAGCCGAGUCCAAGGACAGCGGCACCUAUACCUGCGAGACAACUGGGGACAAGCAGGACUUCAAAGUGCAGGUCAAAGAGCUGCCGGUGGUGUUCAAGAAGAAGCUGGAGGACCGAACGGUGGAGGAGCGAGAGGAGGUGGUUCUGGAGGUGGAGCUGAGCAAACCCUCCACAGAGGUGAAGUGGAUGAAAAACAGUGUGGUGCUGCAGCCCAGCAACAACAUCGAGAUCCGCGUCGAAGGGGCCAAACAGACCCUUGUCAUUAAAAAUGUGACCUUCCCUGACUGUGGCUACUACAGUUGUGAGACCCUGGAUGACAAGACCCAGGCCAAGCUCAACGUGGAGAUGAUGAAAAUUAAGCUAGUGCAUGGGCUGGAAGAGGCAAAGGUGCAGGAGAAAGAGACUGUCACCUUCGAGGUGGAGCUGAGCCACACAGAUGUGGAGGGGUCCUGGGCUAAGGAUGGGCUGAAGCUGCGGGCUGGCGGUAACUGCAGGAUCACCGCCCUGGGGAAGAAGCAUGCCCUGACGCUGUCCAACCUCAAACUGGAGGAUGCAGGCCUUGUUUCUUUCCAGGCUGAAGGGGUGCACACUUCCGGGAGACUCACUGUGACAGAGCCUGCUGUGACAUUCACUAAAAACCUUGAAGACGUCAGCGUCCCAGAGAAGGAGAAGGUCACUUUGGAGUGUGAACUUUCCAGGUCCAAUGUAGAUGUCAAGUGGUUCAAGGAUGACAUGGUGCUAAAACCAGGGAAAAAGCUGGGGAUCAUCUCCCUGGGCCGUAUGAGGAGCAUCCUGAUUCACAAGUGUGCUUACGAAGACCAGGGCUUGUACACAUGUGAUGUGAUGGACAGCAAGACUUCAGCGAAACUCACUGUUCAUGCCCGGGAUAUUAAAAUCCUGAAGCAGCUGGAAGACGUGGAGGUGGUGGAGAAGGAGAGUGCAGCAUUCAUCUGUGAGAUCUCCCACGAAGAGGUGGAGACGCAGUGGUUCAAGAACAACGUCAAGUUGAAGCCGGGAGACAAUGUCAAGAUGAGACAAGAAGGAAGGACAUUCGUGCUGCUGUUCAAGUCAGUGAAGUCUGAGGAUGCAGCAGAAAUCAAAUUUACUGCUGAAAGUGCGACAUCCACAGCAAGCCUGAGAGUCAAAGAGCUGCCUGUGAAGAUUGUGAAGCCUCUCCGGGACAAAAUAGCCAUUGAGAAGCACCGGUGUAUUUUUGAGUGCCAGGUGUCCCGCCCCAAUGCCCAGGUGAAGUGGUAUCAGAAGGGCAAGGAGAUCCAUGCCAGCACGAAAUACGAGAUGGAGAGCCAAGGCGAGUACAGGAAACUCGUCAUCAAUGAUGUUGAGUUCAAAGACGAAGACACCUAUACCUGCGAUGCCAUUGAUGACAAGACUUCCGCUAAACUCCUUGUGGAAGAACAAGCCAUCAGCAUUGUGAAGGGCCUGAGUCCCGUGGAGGUGACAGAGCCGGCUGAGGCUCGCUUCGAAGUGGAGUUGUCUGUCGUUGAUAUAAAGCCACCCAAGUGGAUGCUUAACAAUGAGAUACUACACGGCAGCCGCGAUGUGGAGCUUGAGCAUGACGGCAACAUCCAUCGCCUCAUCCUGAAAAGGACCCGCUCCGAGAUGACUGGCCCUGUCCAGUUCACUGCCGGCAAAAGUAACUCCACUGCACAGCUCACUGUCAGAGAGCCCCCAGUGCAGAUUCUCAGGCAGAUCAAAGACACUGAUGCCGCUGAGAAGGGCUCGGCCACCCUGAACUGUGAGUUCUCCCCUCCUCCCAAGACUGUAAAGUGGUUCAAGGACCAAACUCUACUGGAGUCCUCCAGCAAGUACCAUAUGAAGCAGGACAAGAACCUGGUGGAGCUAAUUAUUCAGAGUCUGAAGCCAGAAGACUCAGGAGUGUACCGGUGUAAGGCUGGGAAUGCAGAGACCAAAGCAAAACUUACUGUGGAAGCUCACAAGGUGGAGAUAACAAAGCACUUGGAAGCCAUGGAGGUUGAUGAGGAGAGCAAUGCUGUGUUCUCUUGUGAGGUGUCUCACAAGGAUGAGGAGGUGCAGUGGUUCCUGAACAACACCCUUCUCUGCUCCAGUGACAUCAACGAGAUUAAGAAGGAUGGCAAAGCCCACACCCUGUCCCUAAAACGACUUGCCACUGAGGACUCUGGGACUGUGAAGGUUAAGGUGGGAGAGGUCUUUGAGGAGGUCCCGCUCAAGGUCAAAGAAAAGCCAGCUGUGUUCCUGAAAUCCCUGGAUGAUGUGAUAGGGGAGGAGAGAGAAAUGAUAACCCUGGAGUGUGAAGCCUCCAAACCCAACGUUAAGCCCGUCUGGAAGAAAGAUGGUAUUGUCCUGGCUUUUAGUGAUAAAUAUGAGCUGCUGCAUGCUGGCAACACACUGGGGAUCAUCAUCCACAAUCUCAACAAGUCUGAUGCUGGCUUUUACAGCUGUGAUGUUGGCACCGACAUUGCCAAAUCCAAAGUCACUGUCCAAGACCUAAACAUCGGAAUCACCAAGAAGCUCAAGACAACAGAGGUAAAGGAGGGCGAGAGCUGCAGCUUUGAGUGCAUCCUCUCCCACGAGAGCAUUGACGAGUGCUCCUGGACCCUGGGUGGAAAGCCAGUGGAGAGCGGGGGACGGUUUGAGGUGUCUAACAAGGGCCGCAAAUACAUGCUGAAUAUCAAGAAGGUAACGGCAGCCGAUGCUGGGGAAGUUGUCUUCACAGCUAGGAACGUCAACUCCAAAACCUCACUUAUCAUCAAAGAAAAAGCAGCUACUUUUACCAAACAACUGGAGAACUUCAGUGUAGCUCUAGGUGAAGACAUUGUCCUGAGCUGUGAAACUUCCACGUCUGAGACCAGUGUCAAGUGGUACAAAGAUGGCAAAGCCUUAAGAAAGAGCCAGAAGUAUGAGAUGUGUGAAGAGGGCAACCUGACAAAGCUCAUAGUCCACAAUACCACAACCAAGGACUCUGGAGAGUACAGUUGUGAAACAGAGAUCUCCAAGACCAAGGCAACUGUAGAGGUCAAAGAAAAAUUGAGUAGGUUCACCAAGGAGCUGUCUGACCAGAAGGCUGAGGAGAAGGGCUCUGUGACAUUUCAGUGUGAGACCGAGGAGCCAGUGACAAAGGUCACCUGGAGGAAGGGUAUUUCUGAGCUCAAAACAGGAUCAAAGUACCAGCUGAAGCAGGAGGCCACCACCCUCUCCCUCACCAUCAACCAGCUGGAGAAGAGUGAUGGCGACAAUUACUCCUGCGACAUAGAGGCAGCUCAGUCUAGAGCUAAGUUAACAGUGCAAGCCUUGCCGGUCCUUUUCAAACAAGAACUCCAGAACCAGGAAGUGGAGGAGGGCACCUCUGCCACCCUGUGCUAUGAGCUCUCUAAACCUGGAGCCCCGGUGGAGUGGAGGAUGGGAGGAGUGCUGCUUCAAUCUGGGGAUAAAUACACCAUGAAGCAAAAAGGCCAUGUGGCUGAAUUGCUAAUUAACAAUUUACAACCUGAAGACACAGGAGACUACACCUGUGAUACUGGAGACCGACUGACAACUGCGCAUGUAAAAGUCAAUGCCUUGCUGGUCCUUUUCAAACAAGAGCUCCAGGACCAGGAGGCUGAAGAGGGCGGCUCUGCCACCCUGUGGUGUGAGCUCUCUAAACCUGGAGCCCUGGUGGAGUGGAGGAAGGAAGGAGUGGUGCUUCAAGCCAGUGAAAAGCUGGAGAUGAGGCAGAAAGGUGUCACUGCAGAACUGGUCAUUCGUAAGCUAGAACUGGAAGAUGCCGGGGUUUACACAUGUGAUACAGGAGACCUGCAGUCUAAUGCCAGGGUCACUGUUAAAGCUCUGCCAGUCCUUUUCAAACAAGGGCUCCAGAACCAGGAGUUGAAGGAGGGUGGCACUGCCACUCUGCACUGUGAGCUCUCUAAACCUGGAGCCUCGGUAGAGUGGAGGAAAGAUGGGGAGGUGCUUCAUUCCAGUGACAAGUACAAGAUGAAGCUGAAGGGAGUUGCAGUUGAGCUCCAAAUUUCCAAUCUGCAAUGCGAGGACACUGGAGAUUAUAGCUGUGAAUGUGGAGACCAAAAUACAACUUCCCACAUCAAAGUCAAUGCCUUGCCGGUCCUUUUCAAACAAGAACUCCAGAACCAGGAAGUGGAGGAGGGCAGCUCUGCCACCCUGUGCUGUGAGCUCUCUAAACCUGGAGCCCCGGUGGAGUGGAGGAUGGGAGGAGUGCUGCUUCAAUCUGGGGAUAAAUACACCAUGAAGCAAAAAGGCCAUGUGGCUGAAUUGCUAAUUAACAAUUUACAACCUGAAGACACAGGAGACUACACCUGUGAUACUGGAGACCGACUGACAACUGCGCAUGUAAAAGUCAAUGCCUUGCUGGUCCUUUUCAAACAAGAGCUCCAGGACCAGGAGGCUGAAGAGGGCGGCUCUGCCACCCUGCGCUGUGAGCUCUCUAAACCUGGAGCCCUGGUGGAGUGGAGGAAGGGAGGAGUGCUGCUUCAAGCCAGUGAAAAGCUGGAGAUGAGGCAGAAAGGUGUCGCUGCAGAACUGGUCAUUCAUAAGCUAGAACUGGAAGAUGCCGGGGUUUACACAUGUGAUACAGGAGACCUGCAGUCUAAUGCCAGGGUCACUGUUAAAGCCUUGCCGGUUGUUUUCAAACAAAAACUCCAGAACCAGGAGGCAGUGGAGAAUGGCACUGCCACCCUGCGCUGUGAGCUCUCUAAACCUGGAGCCCCGGGGGAGUGGAGGAAGGGAGGAGUGGUCCUGUGCCCUUGUGGCAAAUAUGAAAUUAAACAGGAAGGCUCCAGUGCUGUGUUAUUAAUUCAAAAAGUAGAGCCUGAGGAUUCCAGAGACUAUACAGGAGAUCGGCAGACCACCGCUGCCUUGGCAGUGAAGGCCCUGCCAGUGUUUUUCAAGACAUUGCUGGAGGGCAAGGAGGCGGAGGCGGGUGACAAUGUCACUAUGCGCUGUGAAAUGACUAAACCUGGUGCCCCCGUGGAGUGGAAGAAGAAAGACGUGGUGCUGCAUCCCAGCGAAAAAUAUGAGAUGAGACAGGAAGGUACAGUCGCUGAGCUAGUCAUUUACAGCCUGCAGGCUAAAGACAUUGGGGAGUACACGUGUGAUACUGGGGACCAGAAGACCACAGCCACUCUCACAGUCAUAGAACCAGAUGUCACCAUAGUGAAAGGCCUGGAGAGCCAGACGGUGUUUAAGGAGGAGAAUGCAGUGUUUCAGUGCCAGCUCUCUCACAAGAAUGUGAGAGAUGUGCAGUGGAAGCUCCAGGACAACCUGCUACUGAGCAAUGAGAUGAACGAGAUCUCCGCAGAGGGCAAGGUGCACACCCUGACCCUCAGGAAGGUCACACAGGAGGACUCCGGCAGCGUGGUCUUCUGCGUUGGACCUCACACCUCCACAGCUGAGCUCAAAGUGAAGGGCCCCCCAGCUCACUUCACGUUGGGUCUGUCAGAUGUGGAGGUGGAGGAGAGUGCCACAGCCACCCUGACCUGUGAGCUCUCCCAGCCUGACUGCCUUGACGUUCAGUGGAGGAAAGGCUCGCUGCCCAUCUCCCCCAGCAGCAAGUACCAGAUGAGGCAGGUGGGCACUGUCCACACCCUCUCUAUCAACCAGGUUACUGCCGAGGAUGUGGGGGAGUACACCUGUGAUAAUGGCCAGCAGCAGACCACCGCAAAACUGACUUUCAAAGCCCUGCCAGUCUUUUUCAAGCAAGCGCUCCAAGACCAGGAGGCAAAGGAGGGCAGCACUGCUACCUUGCGCUGUGAGCUCUCCAAAUCUGGUGCCCCGGUGGAGUGGAGGAAGGGAGGAAUAGUACUCUGGUCCAGCAAUAAGUAUGAGAUGAAGCAGAAGGACCAUGUUGCUGAGCUACUAAUUAAAAAUGUACAACCUGAAGACACCGGAGACUACACCUGCAAUACCGGAGAGCAACAGACCACUGCUUCUGUUUUUGUCACAGAGCCUGCAGUCACAGUCAUAAAAGAGCUUAAGAAUGUGUCAGUGUUUGCGAACGAGGACGCAGUAUUCUCAGUCGAGUUGUCACGUCCAUGUGUGAAGGACGUGCAGUGGAAGCUGGGGGGCAUACCCUUGCAGCACAAUGAGAUGAAUGAGAUUUCCACUGAAAGUGGGGGCCGCGUACACACCUUGAUGCUCAGAAAGAUCACGCAAGAUGAUUCAAGCUCUGUGACUUUCAGGGCUGAAACCUGCACCAGCACUGCUCAACUCACAGUCACAGCCCCCCAGCCUGUGCUCUUCAAGAAGAUGCUGGACAGCCAGGAGGUGGAGGAGGGCAGCAAUGCGUUCCUGCGCUGUGAGAUCUCACAGCCCGGCGCCCCUGUCACCUGGAGGAGGAGGCAGGCUGUUCUUUCUCAGGGAGACAAGUACACCCUGCAGCAGAGAGGCACCACCGUGGUGCUGAUCAUCCACAAUCUGAGCCCUGAGGACGCCGGCGAGUACACCUGCGACUCUGGAGAUCAACAGACCACGGCUUCACUGUCUGUCAAAGAGCAUGUGCGGAUAACUCGCGGUCUUGAGGACGCUAGUGUGUAUGUGGGGAGGGAUGCUUGCUUUGUCUGUGAGGUGUCACAUACUGGUGUGAUUGAUGGGCAGUGGCGGCUGGAGUCCUCCCUGCUGCAGAAUAAUGACAUGAACAAGAUCAGCGCCAGCGGUAAGGUGCACACCCUGGUACUGAAGAAAGUCACUCACGAGGAGACAGGCACAGUGACCUUCGGAGUGGGGUCAGAGAAAUCCACAGCCAGACUGGUGGUGCAAGAGAAACACAAAGUCCUUGUCAAGGAAAAGCCCUUGGAUACGACUGCUCAGGAGGGGGAGACAGCCAUUUUGACAUGUGUGACCUCAGAAGCGCUGGCAUCAGUCACGUGGAGUAAGGACAAUAAUCCCAUUGUCCCUGGUGACAAGUACAAGGUUAGACAAGAAGGGACUGCCAGCCAGCUUCUGAUCCACAAUGUGGAAUCUGGAGACGCAGGGAAGUACACGUGUGACACUGGGGAUGAACAGACGACUGCUUCCUUGAACGUGGAAGCCUUGCCGAUGUUUUUCAAACAAAAGCUCCAAAACCUGGAGGUGGAGGAGGGCAGCACUGCUACCCUGCGGUGUCAGCUUUCUAAACUUGGAGUCUGUGUGGAGUGGAGGAAAGGAGGAAUGAAUAAAGGAGAAAUAAAGAUAGUGUCUGGUUUAAAGAACACAGAUGUGUUUGUGGGGGAGCAGGCCACCUUCUCCUGCCAGCUCUCUCGCAAGGGCAUUAAGGAGGUGCAGUGGUGGCUGGAUGGCUCUCCUCUGCAGAACAGUCCAUUCAACGAGAUUGCUGUCCACAACAGCACCACCCACACCCUUACCUUAAAGAACCUGGCCGCUGAAGACUCAGGCACAGUGACGUUUCGAUCCGGGAGCCUCAUUUCUUCAGCCAAAUUAUUAGUCAAAGAUCCGACCAUAGAGGUGGUCAGUCCGAUGGAGGACAUGAUUGUGGAGGAAGACAAGCCAGCCGAGUUUAUCUGCCAGUACUCCAGACCUGUGCAGGCUGUGUGGAAGAAGAACGGCAGGCAGAUCGAGCCCGAUGGCCGGAGGAUUGUUGUGGAACAGGACUGGAAUGUCGCCAAACUUAAAAUAAACUAUGUCAACCCAGAAGACAGUGGCAUGUACAUUUGCGAAGCUGAGGGAACCAGGGUAGUGGCUCUUCUUGAUGUACAAGCUAAGCCGAUAGAUAUUAUCCAGGGCCUAGAGAACGUGGAAACCGUGGAGGGUGGCGAAGCCCUUUUUGAGUGCUACCUGUCCAGGACAGAGCUACACGCAUACAGGUGGCUGAUUGACGAUCAGCCUGUGAAGGAGUCUGAGAAUGCAGAAAUGGUGGUCUUUGAGAAUGGCCGUAGACAUCUCCUACUCCUCAGAAACCUCAACCCAGAGGACAGCGGCAGGGUCACCUUCUUGGCUGGAAACGUUGUCUCUUCGGCACUGCUGGCAGUGAGAGGAUGGAAACUGAAUGUGGUGAGGCCCUUGGAGGAUUCUGAAGUUGCUGUGGGUGGCCAGGUGGAGUUCAGCUGUGUCCUGAGUGAGUUUGUACCUGUGGCUGAGGUGAGCUGGUAUGUGAACGACUCCGAGAUCCACCCUGACGACACCUGGGCAUUUCAAGUAGAUGGGAACUCUUACAGGCUCGUCCUUAAAGUGGCCCGGCCACAGCUCACUGGGGAGGUGACGUUUGCUGCCAGAGAUGCCAUCUCCUCUGCCAAACUGACAGUGAUCGCUCUCCCUGACCCCCCUGAAGACCCGGAGCUGGUGAGUAAGAACAGCCAGUCGGUGACGCUGUCCUGGUUCACACCACUUAGUGAUGGCGGCGGGGCCAUUCUCGGCUACAACGUGGAGAUGCGAUUGGCAGACAGUGUCCUAUGGUUGCCAUGCAACACCAAGCCCAUUAGGAAUACAGAGUUUGUGAUCGACAACCUCAUCCCCGGCACGGGGUACCGAUUUAGAGUGUCAGCUGUGAACAGGGCCGGCAUCGGGGAGCCUGUCCAUUUACCUCAAACUGUACAGCUAGAAGCCCAGGUUGUCGUGACAAAGUCUUUGUGCAGCCCUGCCGUGAAGGUGGGAGAGCCCACGUGCUUGGAGUGUGAACUGUCGGUUGAUAACAGCGUUGUUACUUGGCUGAAGGACAACACAAGCAUCCAGCCUGGGAAGAAGUACCAGGUGGUCUCAGAUGGCAAGAGACAAGUUCUGAUCAUCCAGGACUUCAGGGCUGCUGACGAGGCAGUUUACACCUGUGUCACCUCAUCUGGGGCAGAAACCUCUGUGGGCCUGGACCUUGGAGCCAAGGUAAACCAAGAAGGAAUGGAGAUGUCAGUCACCACUGAUGUAGAAGGAUUGUUAACCCAACCCAGCUUGCCUCCUGAAACUGCCCAAGAGGGGGACCUUCAUCUACUAUGGGAGACCCUGGCCAAUAAACGCAGAAUGAGCCGAGAGCCCACUUUGGAUUCCAUCUCAGAGGUGCCUGAAGGAGACGACAAGGUCUCCAAGCAGAAGGGGAAAUCAGAAGAGCCUUCCAGACCAAGCGACAUAGAACAGUUCUUCACAAGCUCAGAUGAUGACUCAAAGGCAGGUACACCUUCCUUAGUCUCUUACCUCAAGAAAGCCAGCCAGUCUACAGUAACCUUAGAAGAUGGUCAAGCCCAGACUGUUGCCACCAAACAAUUUUGGAAACUCUGGGAACCCUCUGGUGCAGAACCUGAAGGUCCUACUCCCCAACAAGCUGCCGUUGCUGAACAACCGCCAAUCGAAAUGAGUAAAGAGGAGGAAUCUGAAAUGACUGAGGCAGCUAUCAAGAUUCAGGCUGCCUUCAAGGGCUUCAAAGCCAGAAAGGAACUUAAGCAACAUGGAGCCCCUGUUUUUGGAGAGGUCUUCAAGGACCAGACCUGUGAGCCCAACGGGACCAUUCAUCUAGAAUGUGUGUCGCUCAGCAAGUCAGACAUUCAGGUCUGUUGGUUGAAAGAUGGGGAGAAACUGACUGAUGGACGCCACCACCACAUUGACAUCUACAACGAUGGGACAUGCUCUUUGAUUAUUACAGCCCUGACCCCUAAAGAUACUGGGGUAUACACUUGUGAGUUGUCCAACAAGCUUGGUAGAGGAGUCCACAGUGCCAAGGUGACAGUGGGUAGCCACCUGGACGUGCCCAGCAGGGGACCUAAGCAGCUUCAAUACGGGUACAGUGCAGACAGUGAGCCUGAGAGCUCCUCAGGAAGCGAGAUAGAUGACGGCAUAAGGAAAGCUGGAAAAAGGCUGAGGCGGCUCUUAAGGACCAGACUUUCCAAGAAUAUGCCAGAUGUGGAGGAAGAAACAUUUGUUAGUGCCGAUGAAGAAGAACUAGAGUCUGCGGACAAGCACACCUACCGGGAAGAUGACAAGUACAUAUAUAUCAAGUUUGACACCCUUCCUGAGGCUCAGGCCGCCUGCAGACGCUUCCAGGAGAUGUUUACUGCCCUGGGUGUCCCCAUAGAAACUGAAAUCCUGGAGGAAGGCCUGCCCAAAGUGGAGCUUUGUAUUAUGAAGAUGCCGCCCCCAUUGGCCAAUCAAGGGGAACUGACCCCCACACAGGAGAAAGUGCAGCCUUCUUAUCCGCCUGCUGGUUCUGCUCCCCCCGUCUUCCUAACCGAGCUGCAAAGCCAGGAUGUCCAGGACGGUUAUCCGGUCAGCUUUGACUGCGUGGUCAGCGGGAAGCCUCCCCCCUCCACCCGCUGGUUCAAAGAUGGCAAGCUGAUUGAAGAGAACGACCACUACAUGAUCAAUGAGGACCAGGAGGGCUGCCACCAGCUCAUCAUCACCGCCAUCUACCCCACUGACAUGGGGGUGUACCGCUGCGUGGCUGAGAACUUCAGUGGCAUCGCAUCCACCAAAGCUGAGCUCAGAGUCGAUGUUUCCUGCAGCUCUGACUAUGACACAGCAGCCGACGCAACUGAGACUUCCUCCUAUGUCAGUGCAAAAGGUUAUCUCUCAAGAGAGCAGGAGGGAGUGGAGUCUAUGGCUGAAGAGGAGCAGCUUCCCCAGGUUUUGGAAGAGCUUCAUGAUGUUCUUGUGAGCCCCGGAGCCCCCAUCGCUAAAUUGCACGUCCAAGUGAAAGGUUACCCUUCACCCCGGGUGUACUGGUUCAAAGAUGGGCAGCCCUUACGGCCCUCUGACAGGGUGCUCAUGUCUGAGGAGAAGGGGCUGCACUCCCUGGAGAUCCUGGAAGUCUCCAUGGAGGAUGCUGGAGAGUAUUCCAGCUACAUCAGCAACUCAGCUGGAUCAGCAUACUCCACCGCCAGGCUGGUUGUGAAGAGUCCUGGAGAGCGGGGUGCUGAAGUAGGCAAAACAGAAGCAGCGAAAGCAAAAGGUGCUAAGCAGAUGCUGGUUCCUCCACGCUUUCUGGAGAGAUUCUCAAACAGGAGGGUGGAGAAAGGCUCCAGUAUCACCCUGUCUGUGAAAGUAGAAGGCUCGCCAGUGCCCAUGAUCACAUGGCUGAAGGAGGAGUCUGCAGAGGACGUGCUCUGGAUCAAGCCUGAGACGCCUGGGUAUAAAGUGGCCAGCUCCAACAUGCAACACAGUCUGAUCCUGCUGGACGUGGACCCAGAACACAGCGGCACCUACACCUGCAUCGCCACCAACAAGGCGGGCCAGUCGAUCUGCACAGCACACCUCGACGUGGUGGAGGUGACAGAAGUGGACCAUCUAGAGAAAGACAAGACAACAAAGGAAAUCCACACAUUUACCCAUGAGAUUGAAGAAGAAACAUUAAGAGAAGUAAGAGAGCAAGUGAAAGGAGUCCUGGGCAUCUCUGUGCACCCCCCUGAGCCUGGUCACAUCUUUGAUUGGCUAGGAGGAUCUACAAAGGGUCUGCCGAUGGAAGAAGAGGUGAGCAAGGCCUCUUCACAGUACCUUGGAGAGGCCGGCACCGAGCAGUUCCUGCAGAAACUGACUUCUCAGAUCACAGAGAUGGUCUCAGCCAGGAUCACACAAGAUAGCAUAAGGAGGCGACACCCAGUGCUCCAGUGGAUGAGGUCAUGCCCCAACAUAUACACAUCUUUGCGGGUCCCUGGGAUGGACAGCGAUGAUGAGUCAAAGACUCCCUCCCCCUCUUCCCACCACGGACGAUCCAGACCUUCGUCUGUCAUCAUAGAUUCUUCGUCUGAGUCGGAUGAAGGGGAGGCCAGAGGAGAGAUGUGUGAUAUCUAUGUGGCUACGGCAGACUACACUCCUGUUUUUGUUGAUAAAGAAACCGUCGUUCUGAAGGAAGGGCAGUACGUGGAGGUCCUCGAUUCAGCACACCCGCUCAAGUGGCUUGUCCGAACCAAGCCCACCAAAUCAACACCAUCUCGGCAGGGAUGGGUCUCACCGGCUUAUCUCGACAAAAAACUGAAGUUCUCUCCGGACACCCCUGCAGGAGAGGCCCCUGAAUUCCCUGAAGAGGAGGUGUCUGAAGAGGAGUACAAGAGAAAGCUCUGCCAUCUUAUCGCAGAGAUAGUAAACACUGAAGAGGAGUUUGUGAGGGAUCUGGACUUCUUUGUAUCCCAUCACCUGCAGCACAUGGACACGAGCCCUGAUAUCCCACCAGUCAUUGCCAGCCAAAAGGCAACCAUCUUCAGGAACAUUGAUGAGCUCAGUAUCUUCCACAGCAGCACCCUCCUCCCUGGCCUGAGCCAGUGCGACACGGACGAUGACAUUGCCAUGCGCUUCAUUAAAAAUGCGGACGGCUUCGAGAAGUACAUCCAGUUCCUGGUGGGAAGAUCACAGGCUGAGUCGGUUGUGAAUAGCAGAGCAUUCCAAGACUUCUUCAAGAAAUACACUGAAACCGAACUCGCCAUUGAAGAUCCAUCUCAGCUCCCUGUACUGUCAGUGCCUGACUACCUGGAGAGACCGCUCGACAGGAUCCAGAAAUACAAGACAGUGCUGAAGGAUAUGAUCCGCAACAAAGCCAGAAGUGGCCAGAACUGCGCCCUCCUGGAAGAGGCCUUUGCUGUUGUAUCCUCCCUGCCCCACCGGUCCGAGAACACCCUCCACGUCUCCCUGAUUGAAAACUACCCGGCCAAUCUGGAGGCCCUUGGGGAACCCAUCCGACAGGGACCGUUCACUGUGUGGGAGGGGGCACCUGGGGCAAGAGCGUCCUCCCGCGGACACCACCGCCAUGUGUUCCUCUUCAAGAACUACGUCCUGAUCUGCAAACCCAAGCUAGACACCAACACUGAGGCCCAGGCCUACAUCUUCAAGAACAUGAUGAAGCUCACAAACAUUGACUUGAAUGACAUAGUGGAAGGGGAUGACCACGCAUUUGAGGUCUGGCAUGAGCGUGAGGAAUCUGUGAGGAAGUACACCUUGCAGGCCCGCACCGUUAUCAUCAAGAACUCAUGGGUGAAGGACAUCUGUGACCUUCAGCUGCGCUUCAGUCUGCCUGCCUGGAGUUCCCCAGAUUUUGAGGAGGUGCUGGCUAACUGUACAGCUGAGCUGGGGGAAACUGUCAAGCUAGCAUGUAAGGUCUCAGGGACUCCCAAGCCAGUCAUCACAUGGUACAAAGAUGGUAGAGCAGUGGAAGUAGACCCCCAUCACAUCAUCAUCGAGGACCCUGACGGUUCCUGCACCCUGAUCCUUGACAAUCUCACGGCUGAUGACUCGGGUCAGUACAUGUGCUUCGCUGCCAGCACUGCUGGGAAUGCCAGCACCCUGGGCAAGAUCCUUGUAAAAAUGCCUCCAAGGUUUGUUAACAAGCUGAGGAACACCCCACUCAUUGAAGGAGAGGAUGCCCAGUUCACUUGCACUAUUCAAGGAACUCCAUACCCAGAGAACAGGUGGUACAAAGAUGGCUGCCUGCUGACAGACAAGAGCAAAUACCAGACAUUCAGCGAGGCUCGCAGUGGAGUCCUGGUCCUGGUCAUCAAGGAUCCCGGAGAGGGAGACCUUGGACGAUACGAGUGCAAGCUCAAGAACAGGCUUGGAUCUGUGAACUGCACUGCUGAGCUGUACCUGCAGUCUCCAGCACUGCUGACUCCAGAUAGGAGAGGGGAGCAAGCCGUCACCAUAGAAGUCACUGAGCAAGACACUAAAGUGCCAAAGAAAACCAUCAUCAUAGAAGAGACAAUCACCACGGUGGUCAAGACUCCAAAGGUGAAACGUCGCGUAUCUCCCGGAAUAUCCCCUUCCCUGAUAUUGAGGUCUGAGACAUCAACUCCAGAACCACUCCCAGUCACCUGGCAGAAGAAACCUGGGGUGAGACCCCAACAGGAAAUGGCAAAGAAAGCAGUCAUCCCUGCCUUCUUUGUGACAGAACCCAAGGAGGAACAAGGGGCAACUGCAAGGCCCAUUGCCACAUUAACAAAAGCUGAAGAACAGAAAUCAAGGUGGAUAGAAGUUGAGGAGAUCAUCGAGUACAAAGUGAAGAAAUCCCCCAAGCUUCAGAGGAAAAUGGGAGCCUCUCCUGCUAAGACUAGGUCCUUCUCUGUGCCUGCCCCCAGGCCCAAAUGGUCUCCCAGAAACGAUCCAAAUAGCAACAACUCCAACAACAAACUAGUUGAUCAGGCAGGGUCCUUUCUUCCAGAUGUCAAUGUUCAGCCACUUUCCUGGGGAGACGACCAAAAUGCUGCUUCAGCAGAGAGAGAGUGCAUGAGCCCCAGUGUCUCUUCAGAACCAAACACCAAUUCUUCUGCAGAUAGCAGUUCUAAACCCACAACCAAGACAACUACCAGCUUCAGGCUAAAGGAAGUUGCAUCUCCCAUGGUUGCUCAGGUUUGUCAAACUCUUGUCUUCAGCUUUGAAACAUCUGAAACUGACCAGGGUGACAUUUCACUAGAAACUGACACUGGGGCUUCAGCAGAAGCCAAUGCUUUGACAGAAGUAUCAGAUGAUGCAGAACUGACCCCAGAUCAGGAAGAAUGGUCAAGUGAAGAAAAUGUAAUUGUUGAAGAACCAGAAGCAGAAGAUAACCUUGGAAACAGAAAUGCCAAGAUCCUGACCCAUGAUGGAAAGGUACUAACUUUAGAGGAUCUUGAGGAUUACAUCCCCAAAGAAGGAGAAACCUAUGGAUAUGCAGAUAAUGAUCAGCCACUUGCUGGAGACAAGCCCUAUGAAAUAGCUGUCCUCCAGAGAGAAAUCAAUGAACCAACUAUCGGAAAACCAGUUCUACUCAAUGUUGGAAUGCCACUCGUUCCUAAGCCCAGGCAGAACUUCUUUAGCCGGUUCAAGGAGCACCUAACUGGCAGCCUUUUCAUGUCACCCUCUCAGACAGCCAACAUUCAGUCCACAGGGGAACCAGGCAUAUCCAUGCAUGUUAGUGAAACUCGCACAGGUGGUAUCACUCAUUCGUUGGCAGUGGCUGCCCCGGUGAGCCAACCUACUCUUGAGGUAAAACCGUCUUAUUGCACAGAGGUCCAGAGGUCCCUGGACAACAAGCAACAGAGUUUCAAAACAGAAGUUUUGGCUCAAACCUUCAGUUACGGAACAGUGAGAGAGCCAGUCAUGCUUCACAUCAGCAAGAAAGAUAAGCAUGAGCCCCCAAAAACAGAAAUGAAUUGGAACCCAUGGAGAAUAAAAAGAAGUACGCAGGAAAGAACAAGAAAGCACACUGUAGAGCUCCCCAUCUGCCCCGCUGUUCCUGAAGUCACCCAAGUGGCCGGUAAUGGGACUCUGCUGGUCUGGAAGCCUUUAGAGUCCAGUGAGCCUGUCACCUACAGCAUCCAGUACAGCACAGAAGGAAGUGAAUGGAGGACACUGGCUGAGGGGGUAGUAGAGAGUUGCUACACUGCCAGCGAGCUCUCAGUAGGAGCAGUGUACUCGUUCAGGGUAGCCUGUGUGAACAAGGCUGGGAUGGGACCCUACAGUGAACAAUCAGCAGAAACAACCAUCGGAGAGGAACAUGAAGAAUGGCAUAUUCCCUUUAUCCGCACCAUUCCCCCAAGGGCUGAGGAUGAAGACAGCAAACCACAGUCUCGAUUCCUCCUCUUUCCCAUGCAUGAAACCUACACUUUUCUGUCUGAGAUAAAUAGAGGUCGAUUCAGCAUUAUAAAACAAUGCAGGGGUGACUUGACUCAAAAGUUUUUUGCUGCUAAAGUCACGCCCUAUAAAGCAGAUAAGAGGCACCUGGUGUUGAGAGAGUAUCAAAUACUAAAGAGGCUGCGGCACACCCAUGUGGUCCAGCUGCAAGCAGCCUUCAUCACCCCCAAAUACCUGGUCCUCAUUGAGGAGCUGUGUGCAGGACAGGAACUGCUGCACAACCUAGCAGAAAGGGACUCAUACUCUGAGCUGGAGGUGAGAGAGUCUCUCCUGCAGAUUCUCAAUGCUGUCCAGUAUCUCCACUCAAAUCACAUCCUCCACCUCGACUUGAAGUCUGACAACAUGGUUGUCACCGACAACAACGUGCUGAAGAUUGUGGACUUUGGCUGUGCGCAGGCGUAUACUGCGGGAAAGCCUCUGAUGGUGGAGAAGAUGAAAGAACAGACUGAAAACAGAGCUCCAGAAAUCCUGGAAGGGAAAGGAGUUGGACCAGAAACAGACAUCUGGAGCAUUGGUGUUUUGACUUUUGUCAUGCUGAGUGGAGACUGGCCCUUCGCUUCAGAUAUACACUGUGAAAAAGAGAAGAACAUAAAGAGAGGAAAGAUCAAAUUUGGGAGAUGUUACCCAGGCCUGUCUGAGGGAGCUGUGAAUUUUGUGAAGUGCAGCCUGAACAAUAAACCCUGGGGAAGGCCUUCUGUGUCAGACUGCCUUGUGUUGCCAUGGCUAUGUGGAGAUCAAGCCUCUAAACAGCGGCACUCUGUCGUCUCCUUCCCAACUGCAAAGCUCCAUGGUUACCUGAGGGAGCGAGAAACGAGACGGACACACCGUUGCACUAAACUGGAGGUACCUAUCCAGGGACACUUCAGCACAGGAAGUGGUCAGUCAUAACUCUCCUGGAUGGUCUGAUAUAAAACUGCUAGAUUAAAGAGAAACUGAGUGUCUCUCUUGUUUAAAGAUGUACCUCAUAGCCUUAAUAACCGUUCUCCUACCUUUCAUUUGCUAACAUUAUAUUUCUCUCCUUGUGCGUAGUGGAGUGAAUAACAUCACCACGUGUUAAAGGGUGUUAAGUUGCGUAGACAGCCGUUUGUCUUUGGGAAUCCUUACAUCAGUGCCAAGGCUGGUGUUUUCUAACUGUGGAACCAUGCUAAUUGAGAUUUCAAAUAAAGAUUGUUUUCUGAUGUGACCACAAUAAUAAAGACUGGGUGUUCAAUUUAACUACUGCAUGGUUGUGGCAGAGGACUUAUGUAAACAUAAUCAAAAUGCAAAAAAAUCAUUGCUUGAGACCAAGGAAAAUGUCAGGAAAUACAUUUAUCCUGGUCUGGCUGAAAAAAAACAGUUAAAUAAAAAAUAGAUCACAGUGACCUACAACUACAGUAUGUAAAACAUCACACACACACAUAAUAUAAAAAUAAU